UUGCAUGCUGGGUUGUGUUAUGAAUGGAAGAGCCAACACAACCGCACCAUACAAUUGUUAAAUUACCAAACCUCAAAACAGGCCAUGAAAUUAUAGCGAGGUGGUAAAGAGGAGUCCAUCUAGGAGGGAAAGUAACCGUUAAUCGGAACAAAUAGUUGUCAGUCGCUGAGAGUGGGCGUGCGCCGGGCCGAGCAGGAUGUACGCCGUGUACCGUCAGGCUCACUCCCCGACGGCGAUCGAGUUCUCCGUGUACUGCAACUUCAUCUCCAGCGAGGAGAAAAACCUGGUGGUGGCAGGCACCUCUCAGCUUUACGUGUAUCGGAUCAUACACGAUGUGGAGAGUUCAACAAAGACAGAGAAGUCAUCAGAUGUCAAGAGUCGCAAGGAGAAGCUGGAGCAGGUGGCGGCGUUUUCUCUCUUUGGCAACGUCAUGUCCAUGGCCAGCGUUCAGCUAGUAGGAGCCAGCAGGGAUGCCCUCCUGCUCAGCUUCAAAGACGCAAAGCUGUCUGUGGUGGAGUAUGACCCAGGGACCCAUGACUUGAAGACACUGUCUCUCCAUUACUUUGAGGAACCAGAACUGAGGGAUGGGUUUGUCCAAAACGUGCAUAUUCCAAUCGUCCGUGUGGAUCCAGAGAACCGCUGUGCCGUGAUGCUGAUUUACGGGACCCAGCUGGUGGUGCUUCCCUUCAGGAAGGACACGCUGACCGACGAGCAGGAGGGCAUCGUGGGAGAAGGGCAGAAAUCCAGUUUCCUUCCCAGCUACAUAAUCGACGUUCGUGAGCUUGAUGAGAAGCUGCUCAACAUCAUUGACAUGAAGUUUCUCCAUGGUUACUAUGAGCCCACGCUGCUCAUUCUGUACGAGCCCAACCAGACCUGGCCUGGGCGCGUGGCGGUUCGUCAGGACACCUGCAGCAUCGUGGCUAUCUCUCUCAACAUCAUGCAGAAAGUUCACCCGGUCAUCUGGUCCCUUUCCAACCUGCCCUUUGACUGCACUCAGGUCAUGGCGGUGCCCAAGCCCAUUGGUGGCGUGGUGGUGUUUGCUGUGAACUCUCUGUUAUAUCUGAACCAGAGUGUGCCCCCUUACGGCGUUUCGCUCAACAGCCAGACAAACGGGACCACCGCUUUCCCCCUGCGCAUACAGGAGGAAGUGAAGAUCACCCUGGACUGUGCCCAGUCCUGCUUCAUUGCCUCAGACAAGAUGGUCAUCUCCCUUAAAGGUGGAGAAAUCUACGUGCUGACCCUGAUUACGGACGGCAUGAGAAGCGUGCGGGCGUUCCACUUCGACAAGGCUGCGGCCAGCGUCCUCACCACCUGCAUGAUGACAAUGGAGCCUGGGUACCUGUUCCUGGGCUCCCGGCUGGGAAACUCCCUCCUCCUCAAGUACACGGAGAAGCUGCAGGAGACGCCGGUAGAGGAGGGCAAGGAUAAGGAGAAGCAGGAAGAACCGCCAAAUAAAAAGAAAAGGGUGGACUCCUCCCCAAACUGGACAGCUGGCAAAGCCCCGCUCCUGGACGAGGUGGACGAGAUCGAGGUGUACGGAAGCGAGGCCCAGUCAGGCACCCAGCUGGCCACCUACUCUUUCGAGGUUUGUGACAGCAUAUUGAAUAUUGGUCCUUGUGCCAAUGCAUCAAUGGGUGAACCAGCCUUUCUUUCUGAGGAGUUUCAGAGCAACCCAGAGCCCGACCUGGAAGUGGUGGUGUGCUCGGGCUACGGGAAGAACGGGGCGCUGUCUGUGCUUCAGAGAAGCAUCAGACCUCAGGUGGUCACUACCUUCGAGUUGCCGGGAUGUCACGACAUGUGGACGGUCAUCUCCUCCGAGAAGAAGGAAGUGGAACCAGCGCCUGAGGGAGAGGAGGCGACCCCAGAGGAGCCUCCCGCCGAGCCCACCCUGGAAGAGGACAAGAACAAGCACGGCUUCCUCAUCCUCAGCCGAGAGGACUCCACCAUGAUCCUCCAGACGGGGCAGGAGAUCAUGGAGCUGGACACCAGCGGCUUCGCCACGCAGGGUCCCACCGUGUAUGCAGGCAACAUCGGGGACAACAAGUACAUCAUCCAGGUGUCCCCCAUGGGCAUCCGACUCCUGGAGGGAGUGGCACAGCUGCACUUCAUCCCUGUGGACCUGGGCUCCCCGGUGGUGCAGUGCUCCGUGGCGGACCCCUACGUGGUGAUCAUGACGGCGGAAGGGGUGGUCACCAUGUUCGUGCUCAAGAGCGACUCCUACAUGGGGAAGACCCACCGGCUGGCCCUGCAGAAGCCCCAGCUCCACACGCAAUCCCGUGUGAUCACGCUGUGCACUUACCGCGACGUUAGCGGGAUGUUCACCACGGAGAACAAGGUGAGCAGCUUGGUUAAAGAGGAGACGACCGCCAGGAGCCAAUCGGAGACUGAGACCAUCAUCCAGGACAUGAGCAACACAGUGGACGAUGAGGAGGAGAUGCUGUACGGGGACUCCAACCCCCUCUUCAGCCCGACCAAAGAGGAGCCGAGCCGCAGCACCUUGGAGGCCAACCCCGGGGACGAGGGCGGGACCAGCAAGGUGGAGCCCACACACUGGUGCAUGAUCGUGAGGGAAAACGGCGUCAUGGAGAUUUACCAGCUCCCAGACUGGCGCCUGGUCUUCCUGGUGAAGAACUUCCCAGUUGGCCAGAGAGUGUUGGUGGACAGCUCCUCCGGCCAGUCAGCAGCUCAGGGGGAGGGCAAGAAAGAGGAAGUCACUCGACAAGGGGAAAUCCCACUAGUCAAAGAGGUGGCCUUGGUAUCUCUUGGCAACCGCCAGAGUCGGCCCUACCUGCUGGCCCACGUAGACCAAGAGCUUCUCAUCUAUGAGGCCUUUCCCUACGACCAACAGACCCAGAGCAACUUGAAAGUGCGGUUUAAAAAGAUGCCUCAUAACAUCAACUUCAGAGAGAAAAAAAUGAAACCAUCAAAGAAGGACAAGAAGACGGAGGGAGGCCCAGGAGAAGAGGGCUCCGGGUUCAAAGGUCGCGUGGCCAGGUUCAGAUACUUUGAAGACAUAUCGGGUUACUCGGGGGUCUUCAUCUGCGGGCCGUCCCCACAUUGGAUGCUGGUUACGUCACGGGGGGCGAUGAGGCUCCACCCCAUGACAAUCGAUGGCCCCAUUGAAUCCUUCUCCCCCUUCCACAACAUCAACUGCCCCAAAGGCUUCCUCUACUUCAACAAGCAGGGCGAGCUGAGGAUCAGCGUGCUGCCCACCUAUCUGUCAUAUGACGCCCCCUGGCCCGUCCGAAAGAUCCCCCUGAGAUGCACCGUGCACUAUGUGACGUACCAUGUAGAGUCCAAGGUCUACGCCGUCUGCUCGAGUGUGAAGGAGCCCUGCACACGCAUCCCGAGGAUGACCGGAGAGGAGAAGGAGUUUGAAGUCAUCGAGAGGGAUGAGCGGUAUAUCAACCCCCAGCAGGAGAAGUUCUCCAUCCAGCUGAUUUCCCCUGUUAGCUGGGAGGCUAUUCCCAACACCCGGAUCGACCUGGAGGAGUGGGAGCACGUCACCUGCAUGAAGACGGUGGCGCUGAAGAGCCAGGAGACCGUGUCCGGGCUGAAGGGCUACGUGGCCGUCGGCACCUGCCUGAUGCAGGGGGAGGAGGUCACCUGCAGGGGCAGGAUCCUGAUUCUGGACGUGAUCGAGGUGGUCCCUGAGCCAGGACAGCCCCUCACCAAGAACAAGUUCAAAAUUCUGUAUGAGAAGGAGCAGAAAGGGCCGGUCACUGCUCUGUGUCAUUGUAGUGGCUACCUCGUCUCCGCCAUCGGACAGAAGAUCUUCCUGUGGAGCCUGAAGGACAAUGACCUGACGGGGAUGGCCUUCAUCGACACGCAGCUCUACAUCCACCAGAUGUACAGCAUCAAGAACUUCAUCCUGGCCGCCGACGUCAUGAAGAGCAUCUCGCUGCUGCGCUACCAGGAGGAGAGCAAGACGCUGUCGCUCGUCAGCAGGGAUGCUAAGCCUCUUGAGGUGUACAGCAUCGAGUUCAUGGUGGACAACAACCAGCUGGGAUUUCUGGUUUCUGACCGGGACAAAAAUCUGUUGGUCUAUAUGUACUUACCAGAAGCGAAGGAGAGCUUUGGCGGGAUGCGUUUGCUGCGUCGUGCCGACUUCAACGUCGGGACCCACGUCAACACCUUCUGGCGAAUGCCCUGCCGCGGAGCAAUGGAGGCCGGCAGCAAGAAGUCCCUGACCUGGGACAACAAGCACAUCACAUGGUUCGCUACCCUGGACGGGGGCAUCGGACUCCUGCUGCCCAUGCAAGAGAAGACGUACCGUCGGCUGCUGAUGUUACAGAACGCCCUAACCACCAUGCUGCCCCAUCACGCUGGACUGAACCCCAAAGCUUUCAGGAUGCUGCACACUGACCGGCGCACUCUGCAGAACGCGGUGCGGAACAUUCUGGACGGAGAGCUCCUCAACAAGUACCUGUACCUCAGCACCAUGGAGCGCAGCGAGCUGGCCAAGAAGAUCGGCACCACUGCAGACAUAAUUUUGGAUGACCUCCUGGAAAUUGACAGAGUGACGGCUCACUUUUAA